AUGAGAGUGGUAGAAGUGAUCAUCAUUAUCAUCCACGUAACAGGAAGUUUCAGCAAGAAGAAGAACAAAGACCGAUCGUCGGAGAGCAUAGAGAACAUCCUGUACUACAAGGACUGUAACCACAAGCAGCGCGCGCCGCUGGUGCCGCUGGUGCCGCUGGUGCCGCUGGCGAAGAGCCAGCCGCCGCCAGCGCAGCAGGAGUGCAAGAUGUGCUGCACCAUGUGCUGCGGCAACCAGUGCGUCGAUAGCCAUCAGCUAUACACAAGCACCAAAAGAAAUUUGCGUACUACAAAAAGUAUCUCCUUCAAUAUUAUUACAAUACUGUUGGGAACGCUGCACCAGAUGCCGCUGGGCAGGCAGGCCGGCAGCCCGCUGCAGCCUGACAUGCUGCCGCCUCGAGAGAGGAGGAAGAAGCAAAAGUUCCCGUUUCCAAUGCAACCUCUUCUACCUGCCAGGAGAGUUACAGGUUACCCAGGAUUUACGAGAGAAACUAUCAAGAGUUUGAUCUCCCAAGACGAGGACAUCAGGAAGAUACUGCGGGACCUGGUGCGGGUGACGAUGCAGAAGGCGGACCUGAUGCAGAUGAUGAACGGCAGACAGGCGGCGCAGGCGACGCCAGCACGCGCUGAUGAUAGUGACCCCGACAACGAUUUGUGAUGCCUUGCCUCGUCUCAUUUAUUUUUAAUUAAAUAAUUUAAUGUGUA